ACUAGGUCCAUUCUUAAUUGGAUCAGUCCAUGUACCUAAUUACAUUUCUAACAGUUAGAAUAAGUUACAACCGUGAACUUCAUUAACUAGAAAUGUGGGUUUGCGUUACCCAAAAGCUACAGAAUUACGUUAAGACUAUAUAAACUAGUUACCUGGCACUGGUUCAAAGAAAAUAAGACAGUUCAACACGUAAACAUCCAUCUCUUCGCUAUCUACUCCACAGUCUCUCUUUCUCUGUGUAUUAUCUUUUAAAUUAAACAUUCCAUUUCUUUCAUCAUCUUUACUUAUACUACCAUCGAUACUUCUUUUUUUUCUGGUAAUGCUAUGAAUUUUAUACGUUAAGUUGAAGAUCAUCGUAAUGGAGGAAUAUUUACUCAGCGCAGCAACUAAUUGGUUUGAUGGGUCAACAGAAGAUGAUGCCGAGUUAGUAAGAGAGCUUCUUGAUAAUGAAUCACCUUUCUUUAUGUUACCCGACUUCUUAGAUUCUAGUCAAACCGAACGAAGUUUUUCAUCAGCGGAGAAACCAACACCGGUUAAUCCUUUAGUUUCGAAGGCUAAUGUUCACUACUCAGGGCCAACUAUUGGAGAUAUUGAGACAGCGCUGUCAUUCACAAAUCAUCACCAGCAGCAACACAAUGAUGACUCCAGUGACAUGAGCAUCUCACGCAACGGGUUUUCGAUAAUAGAGAAGGGUUUGAGUAAGGUUGAUAAUAAGUAUACGUUAAAAAUCAAAAGUUGUGGAGAUGGACUGAGUGAUGAUGGUUAUAAAUGGAGAAAAUAUGGGCAAAAAUCAAUCAAAAACAGCCCUAAUCCAAGGAAUUAUUAUAGGUGUACAAACCCAAGGUGCAGCGCCAAGAAGCAGGUGGAACGAUCGAGGGAGGACCCGGAGACGCUUAUCAUAACCUAUGAAGGGCUCCACCUCCAUUUUGCCUACUCCCAUUUCAUACCAACCAAAUCUCACACCAACAUCACCCCCCCUGCUGCCACCGCCACUACCAACCCUCACCCACCUUCCAAAAAAUCCAAGACGAACAGCAGCGUUUCUCAGGUAGAAGACGAUCAAGUACUUAAAGCUCAAUAUUUGGUGGACCUGGCAAACUCAGACGCAGUUUACAUAGCGCCUCCAGAAGAUAUAUUUCAACAGCCGGGCGGUAUAUGUUCACAAGGUUUGCUUGAAGAUAUGGUACCUUUGAUGAUAAGAAACCCAUCCAACAAUACCAACACUUCAUAUUCAAAUUCUUCUUAUUCAUCCUCCUCUCCGUCUUCAUGUUCUUCCUUUUCCUGGUCACCUAAUAGUUCUUAUUAUGAUUUUGAUAUUGGAAGUGCUGUUUCUAGAGCCACCUAAGCAUUCGUUAUUUUCUUCUUCCUCCUCUUCUUUUUUCAUCAGUUUAGUUAUAGAUAACAAGUGGUUCUUCUAAUAAUAAUGAUGUAAAGCUCGGAUGUAAGGAAACGAUUAUGAAUGGAUCUAUGAUUGGUAAUAGUUGCAGAGUUUAUGAAACUGUGUUUCCAGUG